GUUGGUUAUUUGUGUGGAUGCUACACAAGAAACAAUUUAGAUCCCUUAAGAAUAACACAAAAUCAUGGGCUUCAAGAAUAAUAGCCUCGUUCUUCGUUCGAUAAAAUUUUUCAUCGUAUUAAUACCAUCUUUGUUUAUGGUGAACGUUAUCACGAGUCUUGAAGUAGAGGAUGAAUUUUCCUACGAUGUAAAUGCUCCUAAUGGACCACAAAAUUGGGGUAACCUCAAUCCGGAUUGGAUUCUUUGUGGGACGGGAAGAAGCCAGUCUCCGAUUAAUAUUAUCUCCCGGCAAGCCGUGGUUCAGCCUUCUCUUGGAGAGUUGAAUCAACAUUAUAGGCCGGCUCCGGCUGUACUAAAAAAUACAGGGCAUGAUAUGGAGGUUGAAUGGAGUGAAUAUGCCGGGGGCGUAGUAAUAGGUGGAACUUUUUUCCUGUUGGUUCAAUGUCAUUGGCAUAUAUCUUCCGAACAUGCAAUCGAUGGCGAGAGGAAACCCUUGGAGUUGCAUAUAGUUCAUAAGAGCUCUGAAGGAUAUACUGCUGUUGUCGCCUUCCGUUACAACUUAGGAGAGCGCGAUCAUUUUCUCGAACAGUUUAUUCCGUAUCUACAAUUCGCCACUCAAGAAGGAGUUAACGUGGGAGUUGUUAAUCCAUCCGACAUCGGGUUUUCCCAUGAGGAAUAUUAUCGAUAUAAUGGUUCGCUCACAACUCCUCCAUGCUCCGAAAAUGUUACUUGGACAGUAUUUACGUCGGAAAAGACAGUCUCACUUGAGCAAAUACAGGCAUUGAAUGAUGCUGCUGGUAAUGGAGAAAUAGGAAAUGCAAGGCCAAAUCAACCGAUAAAUGGAAGAACCAUUUACAUAUAUCGACUACACGCUGCACUGAGUGCUAUUUGAUUGUGGAAAUCGUCUAUCUUUAACAAGAAGAACCGAUUAUAUAUAUAUAUAAGAAGAAUAAUGUGUAGACAUGAAGCACGCCGAGAUGUUACUUGGAAUGUAUGAAGUUGAUCUAUCCAAGAGUAAGCUUUAAAAAUGCGCGUAUGCUUAUGAAGCAAGAGAAAAAUAUCACUAAGUAUCGCAAAUUUGGCUUUGUACGCAUGUAUUAUUAUCAUUUUUACUUUAAAUGUUAAUUUGGCCAUGUUUGAUUACUCUAUA